UGUGGGAACGACCAAGCUCCCGAGUUUCCCACGAUCUCGGAGUGCUAUGGAAUGGAACAGUCAGCAUGCGACGUAUAGUGGGCUGCGUACACGUACCUAGGUCGGGCUAUAAAAGCGCACGGCCCUACCACUCCGACAUCAUUCGAUACAGACUCUCGUCACGGUUCACAACGUGCCUUGAGCCGUGUUCUCGUACACACACAAGUCUAGUUGAGUUACGUUACGUGCUAACAGUUUAGUGUUUACAUAUUUACCUAUUAUCAAUACAUUAUAUUAAGAAAAUGUCUUCGAGUUACGAUAUGUUGUCGGUGGAAGAAUCGCAGCCAGUCUCGAGAACCUACCAGUACAGAAAAGUGAUGAAGCCGAUGUUAGAAAGGAAAAGAAGAGCCAGGAUUAACAGGUGCCUAGACGAACUGAAGGAGUUGAUGGUUACCGCUCUGCAAAGCGAAGGCGAGAACGUCUCCAAGUUGGAAAAGGCCGAUAUUUUGGAACUUACAGUGCGUCACUUACACAAACUGAGACGUCAACAGAAAUUGUCGUCGAACCCCGUGAUUGACGCCGAUAGAUUCCGCGCUGGUUAUACGCACUGUGCCAACGAAGUGUCAAGAUGUCUUGCUGCCAUUCCAGGAGUGGACGUCCAACUUGGUACCAAGCUCAUGACCCACCUGGGUCAUCGUUUGAACGAAAUGGAUAAAGUGAAACCUUUGGUAGUGCAAGUGCCAUCCCCGUAUACACCACCUGUUUCCCCAUACCCAGAGGGUUACGCGCCACACAGCUACAACAUGCCUUUGACACCAGCGUCAUCCACAUCCUCGAGAACAUCACCGUCGCCGUCGAUCGAAAAUCAAACCCAAAUUUCCUCAGGAUUAUUGAAAGUAGCGCCAAGACCAGCACCAGUAUGGCGACCAUGGUGAUGAUUCCCUCAUAUCAAUUAGACCGAAAGUCUUCAAAUUUGCUCAAAUUAACAGAUCUCCGAAAGCUUUAAUUUAGUUUGUAAGGUUGUUGUAGUAUGUGAUAUUUCAAAGUUGGUACCUGUGAUCCCUAAAGGCAAUAUUGAUAUAACGUGCCUUAUUUUAAAUUGUAAAUAUUUUUUCUGUUAUUGAUUCGUUGCAAAAAAGAGAGAAUAAGACACACGAAUAAACGUGUCUCUAAAGGUUAUUACAAGUUUUUAUAUAAUAAAAUAUGUUAUUUCAAAUCUA